GCGGAGCUCCAUUUUGGGGCUUACGCUGAUUCGCGAUGGGCGGACGAUGGCGCUGCUGAUAUCGGCUUCCACUGGCUCGCGGGCCUAGGGAGAGAAUUAUUUUAUUCCACAACUUACUCGCUAUAGCUAUGGCGAGGCAGACUUCUUUGUUGUUUCGAUUGCUCAAGCACCAGCGACGGAAGUUGGGAUUUUUUCAAGAUGCCGACAAUGAUACCAUGGUCGACGCAGCUUGUCGCAACUUUAGACUUCGCCAGGUCCAUCAGACCGCUGCUGCUGUGGCUCGAGGCUUGCGAGUCGAGAUGCCGAAGCCGGAAGAUACCAUUGAAGUCUCCGUGGACGGUUUGUCAAUCCAAGUCCAGAAAGGUAUGACUGUUCUUCAAGCUUGCGAGGCGGCUGGGAUCGAGAUUCCCAGGUUUUGUUACCACCCCCGCCUUUCCAUCGCUGGGAACUGUCGGAUGUGUCUCGUGGAAGUGGAGAAAACUCCGAAGCCAGUUGCGUCGUGCGCCAUGCCAGCUCUACCAGGGAUGAAAAUCAAGACUACGACACAAAUGGUGAAGAAAGCACGGGAGGGUGUUAUGGAGUUUCUACUCCUCAAUCACCCGCUCGACUGCCCCAUUUGCGAUCAAGGAGGGGAGUGUGACCUGCAGGAUCAAUCCAUGGUUUUUGGUUCCGAUCGUGGUCGUUUCACCGACAUGAAGCGCUCCGUGGUGGAUAAAAACUUGGGACCUCUAGUCAAAACGGUGAUGACCCGCUGCAUUCACUGCACAAGGUGCGUCAGGUUCUCAAACGAAGUUGCUGGCGUUCCCGACCUUGGAGUUCUUGGUCGCGGUGGAAGUGAGGAGAUUGGAACGUACGUGGAGCGGUUGAUGACAAGCGAGCUCUCGGGGAAUGUCAUUGACGUGUGCCCCGUUGGAGCACUUACGUCAAGACCAUUUGCCUUUACUGCAAGGAACUGGGAGCUCAAAGGGACCGAGACAAUCGACGUGAGCGACGCGAUAGGCUGCAAUAUCCGAAUUGAGAGCCGUGGUGCUGAAGUUAUGCGUAUAGUUCCUCGUCUUAAUGAGGAUGUGAAUGAGGAAUGGAUAUCGGACAAGGCUCGGUUCUGUUACGAUGGUUUAAAACGCCAGCGUCUCAACGAGCCUAUGCUGCGUGGUGAAAAUGGGAACUUGGAACCCGUUCUGUGGCAGCUUGCUUUCAGGGCCGCUGCCGAGGCAUUGAAGCACACCAAGCCGGAGGAGAUGGCAGCUAUUGCCGGAAAGCUGGCGGAUGCCGAGUCGAUGCUUGCUAUGAAGGAUUUUUUCAACAAACUGGGAUGCGAGAACCUGUGGUGCGAGGGUGACAGCGUGAAUACGCAAGCUGAUUUGAGGUCGAGGUAUCUUCUUAACAGCACUAUUGCUGGAGUGGAGAAUGCGGACGUUAUUCUCCUUGUUGGAACACAGGUGCGAACCGAGGCACCACUGCUGAACUUGCGAAUCAGAAAGGCUGUGAGAAACUUACGAGCCAAAGUUGGCGUCAUAGGCCCGCCUACCGAUCUAGCAUACGAGCACGAGAACCUUGGAACUGGACCGGAGACACUCCUCCAGAUUGCCGAGGGCCGCCACCGCUUUUGCACGGCUCUAGCAGGAGCUCAGAGGCCGGCAAUCAUAGUCGGCGCAGGGAUUUUCGAGCGUCCGGACCGAGAUGGUAUCAUGGCCGCGGUGGAAACAAUAGCAGCCAAUGGAAACAUCGUCAAGGAAGGGUGGAAUGGCUUCAACGUACUCCUUCUCAACGCCAGCCACGCAGCAGCACUCGACUUGGGACUGGUACCGAAGUCCAAAGGCAGCCUCAAGGGGAUCAAGUUCUUGUAUCUCCUCGACGCGGACGAAGUCGACAUGGCAGAGAUCCCGAAGGAUUGUUUCGUGGUCUAUCAGGGGCACCAUGGUGAUCGCAGCGUCUACCGAGCCGACGUUGUACUCCCUGGCUGCGCUUACAGCGAGAAGGAAUCGACUUACGUCAACACGGAAGGGAGAACUCAGCAGACGAUUCCAGCGGUUCCAACAGUCGGGGAAUCUCGCGACGACUGGAAGAUCAUCAGAGCUCUAUCCGAGGUAGCCGGCUCCGCGCUACCUUACGAUACCAUCAGCAGCUUGCGAGCUCGGAUGUUGGCAGUAUCGCCAAAUCUCUUCCGAGUGGACGAGCUCCAGGCGCCGGUGAUGUGGCCGCGAGACAUUCUUCCCGAGACCAAGACGGAAAUCCAGCUCAAGCCGUUUGCCAGGUCCAUUGACAACUUCUACAUGACGGACUCCAUCUCCAGAGCUUCCAAAGUCAUGGCGCAGUGUACCACCGCCUUCUCCAAGCAAAGCAGCAAGGACAAGGAGAAGGUCCUCACGGCUUGAUGGUAAGAAAAUAAUCUUUUGUACUCCUAAAAGGGACAUUGACGAUAAGAGAGAGGUAAAUAAGCUAUUUGAAUUUAUUUGACAUUGUCAAGGGAUGGCUAGGAAAGUUCUGAAUGAAACUGUGAGUAAUCUAUCUUUUUACUUUUUUA